UUUCGAUUAUUCUCCAUUGAUUGGCAAAGAUUCAUUAUCCAAAUAUAUAAAUAAAUCAGUUCACACACACAACAACUGGCCAAUGACUCAAACUGGAACCCACUCACAUUGAUCAGAUCAUAACACUUUUAGCUUCAGAAAAAAAAAAAAAAACAGCUAUCAAACAUAUCGUCUUGUUACUCUAUUUAUACCCUAAUUCCACAUAUCUACACACAAGCAAUAAAGAGAGAAAAAAAUAUAAAGCUACCAAAGAGAAAAUGGUGACACUAACACCAUCUUCUGCUAGUACCCCAAAAACAUCUUUUGAUUUCAUGAAGAAUAACAACAGUCACAGCAGUCUCUAUGUUUCUUCUUCUUCUUACUUGAGCAGCAAGGAAGAUGCUCUUGUCACGACCAAGAAGCUCAUGGAACCAAGCAAAACACUAAACAUGAGCAUUAAUCCAAAACAAGAGGAGUUUGGUGAUGAGAAGAAAAUGGUGAAGAAAGCUCCUGAAGAUCCAGAGAUUGGUGUGUUUGGAGCUGAGAAGUACUUCAAUGGAGACAUGGAUUCAGACCAAGGUUCUAGUGUUCUGUCUCUGACAAACCCAGAAGUUGAGAGAACCGUCGUCGACUCGAAGCAGAGCGCGAAGAAAUCUACUGGUACUCCGAGUGUCCGGUCUGAAUCAAGCUGGAAUAGUCAGAGCGUGUUGCUUCAGAACAAACUGGUGAAUAGCUGCAACAGUUCCUUCAAGGAAAAGAAGAACAGUAAUGGUCAGAUUCAAAAGGUGACCAAUAAUAAGAAGAGUUUUCUCGCAAAUUUGGGGUGUAAAUGCGCAUGCUCUGAUGGGGAUUCUGUAGAUGUCGAGGAGAAAACCUCGGUCAAGAGAAGCGCUGAUCCGAAUAUCUCUGUUAUCACAAUGAGAUCUUCUGCGGAUAUGAACACAGAACUGAUCAAGAUUCAGAAGCAAGAGGAGUUAUCACAGAGGAAGUCUCUUGAAGUUUUUGGAUCUCCAGUGGCUAUUGAGAAGAAGAGUAGUGUUGUUCAGAAGAAACUACCAUUGCCUCCAUGGAAAUCGAGAACAGAGGAGGACGACACAAAGAGUGAAGGGAGUGAUUCAAGCUCGGAUCUUUUCGAGAUAGAGGGUCUUACAGGGAACCCUAAACCUUUUCUUACGAGGCAAGGAAGUGAUCCAGCUUCACCUACGUGUUAUGCGCCAAGUGAAGUAAGCGUAGAGUGGAGCAUAGUGACAGCAAGUGCAGCAGAUUUCUCUGUUAUGUCAGAAUGUGCAACAAGUCCUGUAAGAAGAAACCGACCUACUCAGAUUCCUCGAAUCCCUAUUACCGCUAAAUCAGCACCGCAGAGACGGAAAUCGAGUAGCAGCAGCGGAGGGAAUGGUUUCUUGAUGAGCUGCAAGAGUCAUAAAUCUGUUAUGGUUUCUGGUGAUUUAGACAGAAGAAGCAGCAUGAACAAGACACAACCGAGUUACGUUCCUAGAUUCCCAAUGGAGACUACUAAACCUAAGAGUUUCGAAACACGAAGAAGGAUCAGCAACAGCUCGAUUUCUCACACACAAUCAUCUCUUCUUUAUAGUCAGUGAUUGCAAGAAAGUAAAAGAAAAAGAUUUCAAUCUCUGAUCUCUCUUUAUCUAUAAUUUCUACUGAGUGAGAAAGAUAUGUAAACUUAUAAUAAUGUCUUGUUGAGUCCAUGAUCAAAUCAAUUUAAAAGGGUUUCUUAGAGACCUUUUGCACCUAAGAAAAAGUUACUCAAAGAGUGACAAAUGAUUGGAGAGUGAAAACAAAACAUUAUGGUCAGUUAAAAACACAGAUCUCAAAUUCAGCAAAAUAAGCAGAGAGACAUUCCAAAAAUUGGCUCCACCAAGUUUUACCUUUUUUGGAUUUAGUCUCAAGACUCAAGAGAGAGAGAUAUGAGUUUUGUCUUAGCUUGAAAGGGUUAAAUCAAACGUACACUAGAUUGACAGAAAGAGCUAUUAAUGAGGAAACUUAAAUCAAUGAAAGUGUCAUAUUACCUAACAUAUCUAAGAUCUGGUCCUGAAACUCAUCUAAAGGCCAUGUAUAUGUCUGAAAUAAAAGUAAGGUAGACAAAACCUUAAUUGCUAGUUGACAAUAUGAGAGAAAAGAACCAAAGUGCCUUACUAAGACAAUAAAUGCAAAGAAAGAUCAAAGAUGUUUGUCUCUGUAGCCUACUCAUAAGGGAAAUGAUCGAAUUUACCCCAAAUGAUCUUAUCCAGUUCACUGAUAUUUCUCUGUAAGAUAUUUCAAAAAGGGCUAAUUAGAUUUCAAGAAAAGACAUAAAUGAAACCAAGAUGAUGACAUCAAAGCUAGUAUAGCUAGUAUGGGCUUAAAACCAAGAAACAUACAGAUCUUGAAGAUAAGUAUUGUACCCUUCUCAAAAGAUAUGAGAAAAUAAUUGACCACACUAUAUAUAAAAAUCUAAUCAUCUAACUACUUAGUUUUCAUAUGUGGAUGAGAGAAGAACAACAAAAGCAAGAAGACAUUUUGUGUUAAGAAAGCAAAACAAGAUUACUCAUCUUUGAAUUCUUUGGUUGGACAUUGCCUCAAAGCAUCCGCUUGCUCUCUUUCGUCAAGUGAAUAAAGGCAAGUUGGUAAUGAGAUGAGACUCUGAUCCCACAUGACAAAAAAUGGCUGAGA